CCUUAACGCAACUCAUUACGUCUAGUAGCCUGAAAGGUCCUGCAGAGCUGUCCAAUCAGCUGUUACCUUUCUAAAUGACUGACCAAUCACAGACCUCGUAUCAAAUAAAACUAUUCAACAUGGAGACGACGGUUGAAAAGCUAGAAGCUAUGUUCCAGAAGUCGGAGGCGGACUUGGAUUACAUUGAAAGGAGGCUGAAGCUGGACUUCAUCAACAGCACUGCAGAGAAUGGAAGUUCUGCUGAGGAGAACCCGGCAGUGAUGCUGGAAAACCUGAAGGCUGUCAAGGCCAAAUACUCGCUGCUGUGCUCUGAGGUGAAGGAGAUCACCAAUGCUCAGAAAGAGUCCAUGGACUCCAUCAGGACCAGCCUCAGCGGAAUCAUGGAAGUGAUCAAGCAGUGCCAGCAGACGUCUGACUUAGAGGUUUCGUCACUGACAGAGUUGGAGCAGGAGGCAGCAGCUCUGCUGGGUGCAGCUGUCAGCAGCCCAGAGACAGAAGUUUUGUCCACUGAAGCACCUCAGGCCCAACAACCACAAACAUCCAAAAGGUGAAGGAGCAGGAAUGUUGGAUGAGUGAGGUUGAGGUGAACGGAACUCUUAAACUCAGAUGGACACAAAAGGCAAAGUUGACCUUUGACAUGUGAGGACAGCUGCUGAAAAAUGGACCGUUGUUACAGCAUGUUCCCUUUUACUAAAAGAGUGUCAGGAAGGUGGAACUAUGGAGACUGCUGACAUUUGAAAAGCAGUCCUGAUGAUCGGAGCUCUGUCCCAUUUGACUGACUGGCUGGUCUGCUGUGAAAAAGGGGAAACAUUGAAGCGUGGGACUAACGAAGACUGCUAAAUGUCAUCUAUUGUAUGCUUUUAGUAUUUGCACUUUUAGAACCUCUUUAAUCAAAAUAAAACUUGUGAAAAGGUU